UCGCACGAGAGGUGACUCCUCGCGACAUUUUUGGACGCCUGGUAUUCGACACGAGCCUGGUACACGUCUCGGCCCGAAAGCCUUCGCGGAAGCCAGUGGCGUCAAAUACGCUGACCUGCGAGCACCCUGGUGCCAUCGCGACGAGAGGCACAACAAGCCGGACUGUAGAGCCGUACGGUAACUCUGGCCAUAUCAGACUGCUGACGAAGCGAUUUAACCGACGUCACUCCGAAAGGCGCUUGACCUGCGCCUGGGAGACCAUGUUCAAGAGGGUGAAGUCGUGGUACCGCGUCUCGCCUAAACGCGAAGACAGCGACCUCGACGAGCACAGCAGGGACAAAUACCGAAGGAAAAGUAGGGCCCAACGGAAGCAAUCGCAGCUGCCUUCUCGACCUGCUUCCCGGCCUUCCUUGGCGCGAGGCUCGGUGGCACCCUCACGCGCCUCCUCGCUGCCGCGAGCCGCGGCUAAAUCGGCCCCCGAUAUAGCCGCCACCGUGGCUGCCCCCGAACAGCUCGAAGAUGAACAGAAGAGCGUGCUGGACGGGAACCCAAACAACCUGGACGCGGACAAGUUGCCGCCGCCGAUGCAGUACCGGUUCUACCGCCAUCUGGCGGCCGCCAACGAACGCGACCGCCCCGACGCCUUCCCGGGUUCCCUGGCCAAGUUCUUCUUCUUCAUGUCCGCCGCGAUGCUCACCAUUGUCCUCGUCACCGUGCUCCUGUUGCAGUACUUCGGCAUGGUCAUUAUAGCAACGCCACCCGAGGAGGACACGGGCGCGCCCGGCGGGGACAUCGAGACCGAGCCCCCGGUGCCCAUCUACCGGAGAGCCACCACGCCCGGAGGCGGGGCACUGCCGGAGUCCGUGCAGAAGGCGGUGAACCCGAACGACCCGCGGUACACGGACCCCCACCACCGGACCGCAUGCGUGUUCCACGCCGGCGCCAAAGGGCUCACCGUGCACAAGAGGCGCAGCAGCAUCCGCUUCGAUGUCUCCCUGUUCCCGUUCGCUCUGUGCCGCGUGGCGCUUUUCUGCUGCCCUUCGCUGGCCGCCAACCUGGAGCCCGGGCCCGAGCACCCGGAGCAGCUGAUGCGCGGCUUCGUGGUGAGCGCGCAGGCCAACCGGUUCCUGCGAGCCCUCGUGAUGCUCGGCGACGGCUCGUCCACCAGCGAGCCGCAGUUCGAGGCCCUGCUUGACAAUCUGGAAGCGGGCACACUGGACGACGUCGUGGGAACCUGGUAUAAGGAGCGUGCGUACACUGGCGUGGUGCUCCGUUGGCCGGAGACCUCAUCGGCGGCUAGCUGGCAGCGCGUGCCCAAACUGCUCGCCUGGUUGAAGCAGAGGCUGUCGCAGUUAGUGGGCCUCACGCUGGGAGUGGCGCUGCGACAGGACGCCGUCGGGCCGGACUUGACUCAGCUGGCGGCCAGCCUGGGGCCUACCUCGCUCUUCCUCCUGCCACCCGACAUGCCGCCCAGCAAGUACCAGGGGACCACGAUCAGUUACUUCAGCGAGUCAACAUUGAACCAACUAUGGCAGCUCUACACCCGCUACUUUAUGCCUGGCGCUGGGAAGAGCUCCGGACUUGGUCAAAGCGCCUGUUACCUGCUGCCGGCCGACACUUAUACCUUUAAGGUGGCGCAAGUGGCCGACGACACGCCGGCACCCAGCGAGCAGUCCCUGGGUCCCGGAGUCGAGGGCAACGUCACCGGAGAGCCCGGACGCAUGGCCUACUUCGAGUCGUGCCAGCUCGUGGCCGCGUACGCCACGCUCGCGCUGAGCUUCGGCGUGGUCGCCGCGAAGCUGGACAGCUGGGUGUCGUACACGCAGCCCCGGCUUCUCGCGGCCUUCGUGGAGCGCCUGCACGAUAACGUGUCGGCCACCUGCGUGGGACUCUGGAACCCGCAGUGGGACGACUUCGGCGCUCUGUGCGGUUCCGAAAGCUACCCGCUUGCGCGAGCCGUGUUUCGGCACUUUAACGACACCCAUUGAGCCCGGGGGUGGGGGGAGGGGGCGUGCUGUGAUGAUGAUCUCUUCGACAUCGUUGCAGAGCUGGACCCCCCAUCGUGCGUGCAUGUGUCACACGCACAAGCGUGGUCUCGACGAGCGAUACGAGCCGAACGUGCGCGGACACUUCGACCGUCGCCUCGUGAUUGACUUUGGAAACGUGAACUUUGACUGAUCGACCAACGUAACUUGAGAUAUGAUUCACGUAACUGUUGAUAUCGCCGCUUUUAGUGACGCGUUAUGGCAGGCAGCCUACGGGCCUCCGACCAGGCAGUUGGUGUCUGCGUUUUUGAAGUAUAUGUUUUUAUAUGCUCCCUCAAACGGUAAAAAAGAAGACUCGAAAGAGAGAGAGAAAGUAAACAUGUAUGU